GACGACGUCGCGUCGUGGCUUGCGCUGAAAGAUGGCCGCGGUGGAGCAGCGCCCGCCCGUGCGGGAGGGAAUGCGGAUCGCGGUGCUGUGUCUGUGCUGGUACACCGUCAGCUCGGGCGGCAACGUGAUCAAUAAAAUCAUCCUCAACGGCUUCCCUUAUCCGGUCACGGUCUCUCUUUUCCAUAUCCUCUCCAUCAUCGUGUUUCUCCCGCCGCUGUUGCGAGCCUGGAGCGUCCCGCGAGCGGAGGUGCCGGCCCUCUACUACCGCUGGUACAUUCUGCCGCUCGCCUUCGGGAAAUACUUCGCCUCCGUCUCGGCCCAUUUCAGCAUAUGGAAGGUUCCGGUGUCGUAUGCGCACACUGUGAAGGCCACCAUGCCCAUCUGGGUGGUUCUGCUGUCGCGGAUUAUCAUGAAAGAGAAGCAAACCACAAAGGUGUACGUGUCUCUGAUACCCAUCAUCGGAGGCGUCCUGCUGGCCACGGCCACGGAGCUGUCCUUCCACGUCUCCGGGCUGAUCAGCGCUCUCGCAGCCACGCUCUGCUUCUCCCUGCAGAACAUAUUCUCCAAAAAGGUCUUGCGUGACACAAGGAUUCACCACCUUCAUUUGCUGAACAUCCUGGGAUUCAAUGCACUCUUGUAUAUGCUGCCCACAUGGAUCCUAGUGGACCUCUCCUCUUUCCUGAUGGAGGGAGACCUGGCGGAGAUCUCCAACUGGACAGGAACGAUUGUGCUGCUCCUCAUCAGUGGGAUCUGCAACUUUGCACAAAACAUGAUCGCUUUCAGCGUCCUGAACCUGGUCAGCCCACUCAGUUACGCCGUAGCCAACGCAACCAAGAGGAUCAUGGUCAUCAGUAUAUCCCUCCUGAUGCUCAGGAACCCCGUCAGCACCACCAACAUUAUCGGCAUGAUGACAGCAAUACUAGGUGUCUUCCUUUAUAAUAAGGCGAAAUAUGACACCACCCGGGAGGCCAAGAAGACACCGCUGCCAGUUUCGACACAGGACCUGGUGUCCUUCGACAAGCCCCAGUCCAACGGCGCCGGGCCCUUCACACACAGCUCAGACUUCCAGCACGGCCGGAGCACCGUGCUCACCGACCACUUCCAGUACAGCCGGCAGGCCUACACGACGGGCCACAGCUCCAGUCAGUACGUGGUGUGA